CCCCACCACCCCACGGAAACUGACCGUCAACAACUGUUCCCCAAGGAAAAGGGUUAUUAGGGAAAAACUGUUGUUACUCACAAGGCUAGUAGGUUCAUUCACCAUCUCGCCCUCUGUCAACAGUCUUUCACCCUUUGUCCUCGCAAACGGCUUAUCGCUAUCCGUCGUCAUCUGACUCAACUUACUCGUCUCUCCCACCUUUCUCUCCUCUUCCUCCCUUUCUCUCUGCACCCUCCUCGGAUCCGCAUCCAUAGCGAUACCAACCUCGAUAUCCUCUAUAUCAGUCGCAUCGAGAUUAAGUCUCUCGCCCAGGACAUCCCACGGUUUGGAUCCUCGUCGAGAUCCGUUAUCGCGUAGAGGGGAAGAACUAUAAACCAUCCGGUCAAGGCGGGUACCCUGUUUAACACCCUCUGAAGAAGGAGAGGAAGAAGAAGAAGAGUAUGGUGCGAAUUUCCCGCCGGCCGAGGAAUUGACGGUGGAUGUGCCGAAAAGCUGGGCUUUGCCACCCGUAUGCGGGAUAUUGUGUAGGGGAAGACAGCGGCGGGUUUGUCGAACAAACACUUGGUUCGCGGGAACGUACCCGGCUUCAUGUGCCAUGUUUCGAGGAAGGAGGAUCAUGAGCGAGAGAGAGUUGGACGCAAAGACGGAAAAAAGACCGCAGAUGUAAAACAAGUCAAGCCAGAAUGGGUGAGAGUUGACGUGCUUGGAUGCCGUGCGGCCGUCAAUGGCGAGGGUGAAGAUGGCGACACAGUACAGGAAUCGGAAGAGGGUGCGGACGAUGUUGAGUUCUUUAAAGUACUGGAGGCGGGCGAGUACAUCUUGAUUGGCACCUUGGCGUCGCUAAACUUUUCUCACAAUGAGGAGCCAGACACUGCCGAUAAAGAGGAUGAAGGCGGAGAUGGAUCCAGCGAGGAAGAUGUUAUCCUCCAUCUUUGUCAGGUCGUCGGUCUCGAUAUUGGCUACACCCGGCAUAACACCGGCGCAAAGCAGACAAACAAAGACCCAGAUCUUGAAAUGCGGACUUUUGUACCAGGUCCCGGUGUCUUUCCCUCGGAUAGCUCCAAUCAAAUAUGCCCAAUAGAGUGUUUCUUCAGAGUGGAUGGAGAGGACAAGAACCCAUGCGAUGGCAAGGAGUUGGGUACCGGGACGAUCUCAGUAUGGGUUUCGGUGGUUGAGACCUCCAUAUACCACUCUUUGUACUUGACAUAGAUGAGAAUAACGUUCCAAACUUCAAACUGGUAAAUUAAUUAGCUUUCAUUUUGUCAAGGCUCGAGACAUACGUACCAAAAUCAUAGAGAGGAUGAACAUCCAGACAAUCACCCAGCGAAACGCGCUCCGUCGGGUGAAAAAGAGACAUUUGCCUUUAUCGUAUGCCCAGAUGUGGUAGAAGAUGAAGACAGUGCCCAAGGUUGUGACCAUGCCUCCCAUAAAUUGGGACGUGGGAGAUUCGUGACACAUAGUUAGUACGGCAAGUGGCGUCCGCCAUGAAAGGAGAUGGAUAAAUGCGGAAGGAAAAGGAGAUAGAGAGAAAGGUUACGAUUUAUAUAAGGAGAAUACCACAGUAUUCUGUCAGCAUCAGUUCGCAAUCCAGUCGAACCAUUACCCAUCAAUCACCGGCUUAUCCGGACCCUCUUUUUGUCCACAUGUAUCGUUAACAGUUCAUCACAUUCAAAUAUUUAGGAAGAAGGACGUUCCAGCCGAAGGAUGUACACGAAAACCCUCCUCCCUUUCCCAGCCGAGACUCACUGCUUUGUCCCAUCCUGGACAUUUCAUCCAGGACUUCUGCCAUCUGUCAUCACUUGGCAGGGACUAUCCAUCUCCAAGUGAGGAUGUGUGUAGUGUUAUGUUUGCAUGGCGUUUGCAUGUGUGAUGCGUGCGGAAAGGCACGAUAAGCAGCUUGUGUUGGCUACGUAAUAUUUGGGCCGCAUCAAAGAUUGAAGAGCGGGUGAUGCGUGCUGCGGCGCAAAGGACUCUUGGGAAAGCGGAGUGGAGGGGAAAAGGUCCAAUAACCAGAGAGGGAGAUAGAAAAUUGCUGAUUGCUGAUCGACGGUAUUUUGUUGCGUCCUUCCCGGAAUUGGGCGAUCAGCAUCACUGUUCUUUGUCAGCCAGCGUCCAGGUUGUUCGUGAAUGCCACUAUUAAUAAGCAUUAGCA